AUGGACAUGCGUCACAGGCAUCUCUGUAACUCUCCUGGCUCUCCCACUCCCCUGCAAGCCUCUGUCCCGGGGCCGUGGCGGGGGCGGGGCCGGGGAACCCCCGGCUCCAAGCGCGGACGCCCCAGGGAUGCUGCGGGCUCCGGAGCCGCCUGCUUACCGGGAGCCGCUGCACCGGGGAGCGGGGGAGCCCGCCGCGCGGAGCCGGGAGAGCCGGGCGCCGGGCGCUGGGCGCGGCGCGGCUCCUCCUGGCCUCGGCGUCCUCCUCCUCCGCCUCUCCCGGACUCCGUCCCGGGCGCGGAGCUGCAGGACGCGGCCGGGCUGCAGCUGCGGGUCCCUCCGCCGCCUCGGCCGCCGCCGCCGCAGACAGAGGACGCCCCGUGGCGACUGGAAGCCUGUGUGAGUCGCGGCGCCCGAGAGAGCGGGAUCUGCUGGGGACUCCGCGGCUCGGGGCGCGCGGGCGUGCGCACGCGCGCCUGCGAGGGUAAAAGUGCGGGUCUCCUCUUUGUCCGGAUUCAGCUCACUGUGCAGGCGGGCAGCGCAGAGCAGUGCCUCUUGGAAGUCAGGCUCCUCCGCCAGGACGCGGCCCCCGGCGGCCACCCUGGGGCGGCUCUGGGCCGGUGA